CGACCUACAUCAACCUUGUUCCUUCUUCUCCUUCACUAUAAUAGUAACCUCAAGAUUCACUCAGUUGAAUUACAACUAGCUUAUCACAUUAUUUAAUCGAUUUGGUUACUUAGCUUCUAUCGUGAUGGCCUUAGCAGCUAAAGAGUUGAUGGGUUCCACUCUGAUCACAUCAAGGUCAUCAUCACUUGUAUCACCCGCGUCGCAUUUCAACAAGAGGGCAUUCACGACACAUCUCUCCAUCCACCCUUUUGAUCGGAGACCAAGAAAGACAAAAUCCGGCGUCGUUGCGGCCAUCAGCGAUGAUUUGGUCAAAACGCUGCGUUUCUCCACUACCACCGGAGAUAGAAAGAGUGAGGAAGAGGAGAAAGCGGCGGUGAAGUUUAAGGUGAGAGCUGUGGUUACUGUGAGGAACAAGAAGAAGGAGGAUUUCAAAGAGACUCUCGCUAAGCAUUUCGAUGCUUUUGCUGAUAAAAUCGGUAGAAACAUCGUCUUGGAGCUUAUCAGCACCCAACUUGAUCCAAAAACGAAGUUGCCAAAGAAGAGCAAUGCGGCGGUUUUAAAGGAUUGGUCAAAGAAAUCGAAAACGAAGGCAGAGAGAGUUCACUACACGGCGGAGUUCACGGUGGAUGCUGCGUUUGGCACGCCGGGAGCCAUCACCGUUAUGAAUAAACACCAGAAAGAGUUUUUCUUGGAGAGCAUAACCAUCGAAGGCUUCGCACUUGGUCCUGUUCACUUUCCAUGCAACUCUUGGGUUCAGUCCCAAAAUGAUCACCCUGAAAAACGAAUCUUUUUCACUAAUCAGCCGUAUUUGCCGAAUGAGACACCAGGCGGAUUAAGAGUACUGAGGGAGAAAGAGUUGAAGAGUCUAAGGGGAGAUGGGACUGGCGUGAGAAAAUUAUCAGACAGAAUUUACGACUUUGAUGUUUACAACGACCUUGGAAAUCCCGACAAGUCGUCGGAACUCUCUCGCCCCAAACUCGGCGGCCAAGAGACUCCUUACCCUAGACGAUGUCGUACCGGUCGCCAAUCAACAGUUACUGAUAAAGAAGCGGAGAGCCGAGUAGAGAAGCCAUUACCAAUGUACGUGCCACGAGACGAGCAGUUCGAAGAGUCGAAGCAGGACACUUUCGCUGCUGGGAGGCUAAAAGCGGUCUUACACCACCUAAUCCCGUCGCUCAAAGCUAGUAUUCUAGCUGAGGACUUUGCUGACUUCGGCGAGAUUGAUAAUCUCUACAAAGAAGGCUUGUUACUCAAGUUAGGGUUUCAAGAUGACAUCUUUAAGAAGUUUCCUUUGCCUAAGGUCGUCGUUGACACCCUCCAAGAAUCUACGAAAGGACUCCUCAAAUACGACACUCCCAAAAUAUUAUCGAAGGAUAAAAACGCAUGGCUACGAGAUGACGAGUUCGCACGUCAAGCCAUAGCUGGAAUCAAUCCAGUGAACAUUGAGAGAGUCAAGACUUUUCCACCGGUCAGCGAUCUUGACCCCAACGUCUACGGUCCACAACACUCCGCUCUUACUGACGACCACAUCAUCGGUCACCUCGACGGAUUCUCCGUACAACAAGCGUUAGAAGAGAAUAGAUUGUAUAUGCUGGAUUACCAUGACAUAUUUUUACCGUUCCUAGACCGGAUCAAUGCGCUAGACGGACGCAAAGCUUAUGCUACAAGAACCAUUUUCUUCUUGACUCGUCGAGGCACACUUAAACCGGUAGCCAUUGAGCUAAGCCUCCCUUCACAUGGCCCCAAACAUCGGUCCAAGCGUGUGGUGACACCUCCGGUCGAUGCAACCUCCAACUGGAUGUGGCAACUCGCUAAAGCCCACGUUAGUUCUAACGACGCUGGUGUCCAUCAGCUUGUCAAUCACUGGCUACGGACCCAUGCGUGCUUAGAGCCAUUUAUAAUAGCUGCGCAUAGACAACUGAGCGCUAUGCAUCCCAUAUUCAAGCUAUUGGAUCCACACAUGAGAUACACGUUGGAAAUCAAUGCCUUGGCUAGACAAUCGUUGAUCAGUGCAGAUGGUGUGAUCGAAGGAGGCUUCACUGCUGGCGCUUACGGCAUGGAAAUGAGUGCCGCCGCAUACAAAAGCAGCUGGCGGUUCGACAUGGAAGGCCUUCCCGCCGAUCUCAUUCGCAGAGGAGUGGCAAUUCCGGACGAAACACAACCACAUGGUCUAAAACUCCUAAUCGAAGACUAUCCUUACGCCAACGACGGACUUUUACUCUGGUCCGCAAUCCAAACCUGGGUCCGAACCUAUGUGGAACGCUACUACCCAAACCCGAACCUAAUCAAAACAGACUCUGAGCUCCAAUCCUGGUACUCCGAAUCUAUCAACGUCGGCCACGCCGACCUCCGCGACGCCGAGUGGUGGCCGGAGUUAUCAACCGUCGACGACCUCGUCUCGAUACUCACCACCCUAAUCUGGCUCGCUUCAGCGCAACACGCUGCUCUCAACUUCGGACAGUACCCGUACGGAGGUUACGUGCCGAACCGACCACCGUUGAUGCGGCGGUUGAUCCCAGACGAGUCGGAUCCGGAGUACGCGAGCUUUAUCUCGGAUCCGGAGAAGUAUUACUUCUCGUCGAUGCCGAGUUUGGAGCAGACGUCGAAGUUUAUGGCAGUGGUUGAUACGUUGUCGACGCAUUCGCCGGAUGAGGAGUAUAUAGGAGAGAGACAACAGCCGUCGAUUUGGACGGGGGAUGCGGAGAUCGUUGAUGCGUUCUAUGGGUUUGCGGCGGAGAUAGGAAGGAUAGAGAAAGAGAUAGAGAGAAGGAACUCCGAUCCUGACCGUAGAAAUAGGUGUGGGGCUGGUGUUUUGCCUUAUGAGUUGUUGGUUCCCAGUUCUGAGCCUGGUGUUACUUGUAGAGGUGUACCUAAUAGUGUUUCCAUAUGAUUCUGUAAACCAAAUUAUCAUUACUAUGGCAAGUAAAUAAAUGAGUAGAUAUCGAUUAUAAGUA